UUGCAAUUUCAAUUUGGUUGUCGCUUUUUUCACCUUAGUACAUUGUUUAUUACUAUCAAGAAUUGCGAUAUCACCGAGUAUAGGAGAAAGACCAGAAUUCUAAUAAAAAUGGCAGAAUACUGGUUGAUUUCUGUUCCUGGAGAGAAGACACUGCAGCAAUCAUGGGAAAAUCUUAACAAUGCCACAAUGAGGAAUCAGGUGUUAUCCACAAAUUAUAAGUUUGCCAUUCCAGAUCUUAAGGUUGGAACAUUGGAUGUCCUUGUAGGAUUGUCAGAUGAUAUGGGUAAACUGGAUGUCUAUUGUGAGAGUGUCACAAGAAAAAUAGCCCAAUAUUUGGGAGAAACUUUAGAAGAUCACAGUGAUAAAUUACAAGGGAAUCUUUUAGUCAAUGGAGUGGAUAUGGUGACAUAUUUAACCAGGUUUCAGUGGGACUUGGCAAAGUAUCCAAUCAAACAGUCUCUGAAGAACAUAGCCGAAAUCAUUGGAAAGCAAGUUUCACAGAUUGAAACAGACUUGAAAACAAAAGCCACAGCAUACAACAACUUAAAAGGAAACUUACAGAACCUGGAAAGAAAAUCAACGGGAAGUCUUUUCACAAGAAAUCUUGCUGAGCUUGUGAAGAGAGAGGACUUUGUUCUGGACUCUGAGUACCUGCAGACUCUUCUAGUGGUUGUUCCAAGGAACAUCAUCCAUGAUUGGCAGGCAAAAUAUGAAACACUGACAGAUAUGGUGGUUCCUAGAUCAUCAAGGACCCUUUUUGAAGAUGACGAGAACUGCUUAUGCUCAGUAACACUUUUCAGAAAAGUGGCAGAGGACUUUAAAAACAGAUGUAGAGAGAACAAAUUUAUGGUGAGGGAUUUUACUUACAAUGAAAAAGACAUUGCAGAUGGGAAAAUGGAAAUCUCAAAACUGGAAGAUGACAAGAAGAAACUAUAUGGUCCUCUUGUGAAAUGGCUAAAAGUCAACUUUGGAGAAAGCUUCUCUGCUUGGAUUCAUGUCAAGGCAUUAAGAAUAUUUGUGGAAUCCGUUUUAAGAUAUGGUUUACCUGUCAAUUUCUUGGCCGUGUUAAUGCAGCCCCAUAAAAAGACUACCAGAAAAUUACGAGAAGUCCUCAAUCAGCUGUAUGCUCAUUUAGACUCCCCAGCCUCCCAAGAUGCUGGACAGAUGGAGAUCCCAGGUUUAGUAGGACUCAGUAAUGUAGACUACUACCCUUACGUGUACUACAAAAUCAGUCUGGAUUUAGUAGACUCCACACGCUAGACCACACACUGUGUGAGACUGUUGAUUUUAUUCAUUAUGGUUGGACAUUAUUACUGCCGGGUGGUAAUAUAUCUUCCCCCCAGCUUGAGGGUCAAGGUCAAAUCCAUGACGAUUUAGUGAUAUUUAUAUUACAUAGGUCUCUUCUGUGAAAUAUACUUCAUGAACAAAGUCAUUCCUUUGUUGAUUUUAUAUGUUGUUACUUUUGUUUAAAUACGAAGAGACUAAAGUUUCUAAGAAAUUGGAAAGCAGAAAUACAUUGACAUGAAUUCCAAUGGUCUUCAUUUUCACAUUAAAAACAUCCAGCAAAUGUCCUUCAUUUCUUUCUUGCCCCUUGCAACCUGCUUGACAAUUUCUUACGGCAUUAGUCUUCUUGUUUAAACAGGAGAUUGGGUAGAACUGUAAAGGCCCCUGAAGGGGUUAUGGAACUGUGAUUUGAAUAUAUAUUAAUUAUUAAUGCUUUUAUUGAUUGCAAUAGUCAAUUAUACAUGUGUACUACACAGUAUGGUGAUGAAUAGGCUAAAAUUUGUUUGGUGGAUUUAGUCCCAAGAGUUAUUUUGAUUGCAUUCCAUUUUGUAUUGACUCGUAUCUGACUGGAAAAGUAUACUGUUAUAAUCCAUGUAUCACUUGCAAUAAGCAGAUGUUGAAGCUAGUCAUGAUGGUAGAUAUAUAUGUAUAAUGUGGCAAAUUUGUAUGUGGACAUCAUGUUAUGUAAAUAAAUAAAUAAAUUACG